AUGUAUUAUGAAUUAUUUGCUAUAGCUCGUAUAACGGACCCUUUAAACGUAUCAAGAGAAGCAUCCAAGAUUGCCUCAACAGUAGGUAAAUUGAUUCUUAAUAAUAGAGGUGUAAUUAGAGAUAUUUCAUCACUUGGAGCAAGACCAUUACCAAAAAUCAUAUCAAAAGAACAAGAAAGACAUUUUCAAGGUUAUCAUUUCAUAAUGGGAUUUGAUUGUUCUCCUAAUGUACAAACACAAUUAUUAAGAACAUUAAGAAGAGAUCCUAGAAUUUUAAGAUCAAGUAUUAUGAAACAUGAUUUGACUAAAAAUUUGAAUCCUGGUACUAGUAUUGAACAAGCUUUGAGUGCUACUAGUAAAUAA